AAGCGCUCACCUAAACCUAAAGUCGCAUCCGUCGAUAAAGUGAAGCUCGUUCCCACUCCCCCAAUUCCCCCCCCUCAGGGCUUUGGCUCUCUCCCACACUUUGUCGCUUGUCAUUACUGACUGUCGCCUCACACGCCGCUGUCUUCCACAAAAACGUUUGGUGUUUUGCCCAACGAAUCUUGCUCGGUCCCGACGCUACGGAACCAAACUGCUGUGCCUCAUCCACACACACACACACACACACACACGCCCCUCUGUUACCGAACUGUCGGGUCCACGAAGAACGAGAAGUGACAGAAACAAGGAUAGGGAAACACCAUAAACGGGAAUCAACAAAAGCGCAAGGCAACGAACGAGACAAUCGCCACGAUACAGGACUCCGACUCGAAGACUCGGAGAAUUUGCCGGCCGAUUUCUAUUCGAGACAACAGAAUCCCGGCCAGGCGGUAUUCUAAACCGGGAGCGGACCGAGACGAAAAGCAAUUUAGAGGGAACCACCUCAAACGAGACGAGUGAACCAACAACGGCCCCAAACAUGCGCCAUUGACGGCCCACAACCGCUUCCACUUUCCCUGCGUCCUUUGUGACGUUCCACGGCGCGGGCGAACGGCGCAGCUGCCAGGGAGCGAGAAGCCCCCUCCCUAACUGGCGAAUUGAGGAGCUUGGCUCUCCAGCUGCUUAAGCUGCCGAGACGAGGAAGAAGGGUCCAACUGGAGGGACAAGGGGAGCAAGAGAACAACGCAACCCGGUUGGGAAGAGAUGGCAGGGGGCUUGCACUCGCUCGCCGAGGCCGUUGGUGACCCCGGUUAUGCAUCCUGUUCCAACGCGCCGGGCGUGCUGGUGGCCAAGCUGGUCGGCCUGGCCGCCGUCACCGCGUUCUUCGUGUGGGAGUUCCGGUCGUGGUACCGGCUGCGCAAGAUCCCCGGGCCUUUCCUGGCCUCUGUCUCGGUCUUGUGGCAGCUGAAGAAGGCCGUUGGGGGCACAUACCACGAGCACCUGAACGAUAUCGCCAGGGAGUACGGCCCCCUCGCGCGCAUAGGGCCGAAUGAGCUCCUCUGUACAGACCCGGACUCGCUGCGCAGGAUGUCGGCCGUCCGCUCGCCGUACACAAAGGGCGACUUUUACGAUUCCGGCCGCAUCACCCCGGGCGUCGACAACGUCGUCUCGAUGCGGGACGAGAACGAGCAUAAAGCCAUGAGGGCCCGCAUGUCUCCGGCCUACACCAACAAAGAGACCGACGGCUUCGGCUUCGAGAGCGGCAUCGACCGCCAGCUCGCCAACUUCAUCCGCCUCAUCGACCAGCACUACGUCUCCACCGACUCCGAGUUCCGGCCGCUGGACCUCGCCGAGAAGACGCAGUUCUUCGCUCUCGACGCCAUCGGCGAUGUCUCCUUUGGCGGCGCCUUUGGCUUCCUGGCCGAGGAUCGCGACCUGUUCCGCUACAUCGAGAUCAACGAGUCGUCUCUGCCCGUCAUGAACGUUGUCUCCGUGCUGCCCUGGCUCGGCCGCCUCGUCCACAAAUGGCCCUUCCGUUUGAUGCUGCCCAAGGAGGGCGACCAAGUCGGCUUUGGCCGCCUGAUGGGGUUUGCCAGGAAUUACGCCGAGAUGAGGCUUCAGCCGGGCGCAAGCCCGCAAAAGGACAUGAUGCAGUCCUUUAUCAACCAGGGUCUCAGCCGCGACGAGCUCAUCCAGCUCGUCUACAUCCACAUGAUCGCCGGCACAAACUCGGCGGCGCAAGCGAUGCGCAUGACACUGCUAUGCCUCAUCAACAACCCCGUCGCCUACCGCCGGCUCCAGCAGGAAAUCGACGUCGCAUCCGCAGCCGGCGCCAUCAGCUCCCCGAUCACCAACGCCGAGGCCCUCAAGCUCCCCUACCUCCAGGCCGUCAUCCGCGAGGGGCUGCGUUUCUACCCGCCCGUCACGGGCCUUGGCUUCAAGCAGGCGCCCGAGGGCGGCGACGUCCUCAACGGCUACUUCGUCCCCGGCGGCACGCAGAUCGGGCAGAAUUUCUUCGGCGUCGGCCGGUCACUGUGGGUCUGGGGCCCCGAUGCGGAUGUCUUCCGGCCCGAGCGGUGGCUCUCGACUGGCGAGGAUGAGCUCCGGCAGAUGACCGCCGCACUCGACACGCAUUUCGGCCACGGCAAGUACUCGUGUCUGGGGAAGCCUAUCGCCAUGAUGGAACUCAACAAGGUCUUUGUGGAGCUGCUGCGAAGAUACGACUUCACCGUCAUGAACCCCGAGAAGCCCAUCAAGACUCUUAGCGCCAUCUUUUUCGUCGCCAGAGACUUUUGGGUCAGAUUGACGAGGAGACCGAAGAAUCCAUAAACAACUUAAUCGUAGACGUAAUGCAUUAAUGAC